AUGGCCAUAGAACUCGCACAGCUAAGUCAACAAUUCGAUUUUACAACUGCGGAGAUUCGCCGCAGCUGCUUCCACGCCUCCUGCUCCAUCAAGAAAUUGAGCUCCAGGUUGUGGAUGAGAGUAUUGCAGAGGGCGGCUGGUGUGAAUUACGCGCUCACGCCGAGACUCUGCGGAGCUGCCUUGCGCGCGCCACCUAUCCUUCGCCGGAGCCAUCUCUCAGACUACUCACAAAUUGUAUCACGGAGAUGCUUUAGCGCAGGCUCAAAGUAUCUCGACCAGGACCUACUAAACUCGUCAACCGAGGUUCUCAACCUCCGUCUCAAGCUCGAGUUUGACGAGCACAAGGACAUCCGAAACUAUCUGCGGAAAUGGCAACAGUCCCAUUCCAACGACUUGGACCCUGUCCGCGGCCCGGGGACUUCGAAUUCACUGGACGCGUCGGCACCAUGGGUGGGAAACAUGCUCAACGACAACCGUGAGGCUCGCGAUGCCGGAAGCGAUGCUCUACGAGCGGCAGAUGAUUCUUUGGAAUUCACAAACUCAGCCGACGAAGGAGAGGGCUUGAAUCAAUACUUGGAGCCGGGUGAUCUGGUGGCAAUGACUGCCGUCGACGGUAUCCUGACAUUUGCCAUCUAUAUCCGCUCCAUCCAUAAACAGCAACAGUUCUAUACGGACAGAGGGAAAUGGCGGAUUGCUUUUGCCAAGGAUCUUGACUAUGUCGUCAAGGGGUUUGUGCCUCCAGAAAUGGUUGCGCCCCUGCUCCCACACGUUCCUGGCGCUGCCGCUCAGAUGAAGACAGAGUUCCAAUCUGUGACCGAAGGUGGAGUCCCGAGAAAUGUUGGUGCGGAUCUUCUCAAGAAAAUGUACACCUUCGACCAAGACGCGCAGGAGCUGUACCGCGCAAAUGCAGCCCGGUUGGACAGCAUCCAUGACAUUGUGGCCGAUGAGGAAAAUUACCGUGAAUAUACGUUGGAGGAGCUGACCUGCAAGGCGCUUGAUAUUGAGAAAGAUCAGCUGAACGAUGUGCUCUUGUUCCUCGUCCAUCGCGUCGCUCACGCCAAUGCUUUCUUCAUCGAGUAUGAUCGGAGUUCGCUUUUUGCCAACCAUUACCUAGUCAAACCCAGACGGAUCGCUAGAGUUCUGGACACGGUCACCACGUGGGCUCACGAGCAUCAAGAUCACCUUUACCAGAAUGUAAAUGGUAAGGGGCUUCCCAAUUUGAAGGACCAUCCUCUACAGAAAUUCGUCCAGAAGGCCCAGCGUCUCAUCAAGCGUAGCCGAACCGCGCGCGCGCCAACUACCAUGGCUUGCGUCGGUCCAAGUGCUCAUCGAUUCACUCCGGACCAGGAUGGCAAGCAUAUGGUCUAUCGUGAAAUGGUUACAGAAAAGUUCAGUGACACCGAUCUUAUGAUCAUCGAAUACUUACAACUAUGGUGUCUUCCGCCGCGCAGAAUGACGUCUGGGACCAUGCGCUCGGCCGGUUCGCAUAUAAUGCGUAGUACAGGUAUGUAUGGCGCUGUGGAACUGAAUCCCAUGACGGCAACUCUUUUCCUACAAGAACUGGGUGUUUUCUACCCGUGGGAGAAUAUUCGCUUGUUCGACCAAGGUCUGGCCCUUCCCGGCCACGGCAUUUCUCCCAACUCGGAUGCGGCGUGGGAGGAAGUCCAAAAAGAGUGCGAGAAGCUCAACUCACAGGAGCUUCCUGAUAAGAUGAAAGAUGUGCGUACUGACUGGGGCGACCUACCGGUUUAUUGUGUGGAUGAUGCCACUGCUCAGGAGAUUGACGACGGUGUUUCUCUCGAGCGCAUUCCGGGAUCAGACGAUACAUUCUGGGUCCGUGUACAUGUGGCCAACCCUACUGCAUUCCUUGAUUCUGAAGGCAAGGUUAUGCAGUACGCCGCUUCCCGCCUCCAGACGAUGUAUGCCCCAGAGCGUACAUAUCCUAUGAUUCCGAGCUCCCUCACGCAGAAGCACUUCAGUUUGGCCCCAGGCCGUCCAACUCUCACCUUCAGCGCGAAGAUGAAUUUGCAGGGCGACGUUCUUGAUACCGACAUCACGAAUGGAGUGGCCAGGAACGUCAUCUAUAUAACACACGGCAAGCUACGCAGUCUUUUCGAACCUAGUUCCGAAAAGCAAUUAGAGCCUUUGAGAGUAGGGGGAGAAGUGCCGAAGCGGAAUUUGCGUGAGGAGUUACAAGAGGAAGUAGAUGAGAAGGAUGAGUCCAAUUUCCGUACGUUGAGACAGUUGAUGCUGGCGUUCCGGGAACACCGACGUAAGAACGGCGCCAUGGAAUGGCCUUCAUCUCCCGACAUCUCUCUUUCAAUGACUGCAGGGACAGAGCCUUUGAAUCCUUCCAAUAUGAAGGUUACGGAAGGGCGUUACGUUCUUGGCGAUCCCGUCAUUGAACUGGCCCAGCAACAAGUUGAUCCUCACGAAGUCCCUGAUAUGACGAAGCGCAACCUUAUCUCGACUCUAAUGAACCUGGCCUGUUGGGUCUCCGGAAAAUGGCUGGCCGAACGCAACAUCCCUUCUGUCUACGACGGCACGUACUAUCAUCCGGAAUACCCUAAAGUAACAAACGAGAACCUCUCCCAAUACGGAGGGCAAGCUUGGUUGCAAUUGGCAGCUCCGAAGGGUAUCUCUUCAUCCAGUCCCCUCCAUCAUACGCCUCUUGGACUUGACACCUAUGUCAAAGCAACCAGUCCCCUGCGGCGGUACACAGACGUCCUUGCUCAUUAUCAAAUCGAGGCCGCGCUUCGCUUCGAACACGAGCAUGGCCGCCGCCUGGACGCCCAGACGGAUGAGCCUGCUCUGCCUUUCUCUCGUGAAUACGUUGAUGAAUAUAUUUCUCGGUCCCGGUGGAAGCGCAACCGCAUCCGGGAAUGUGACCUAGCCUCGAAGCAAUUCUGGGCAUGCAUGCUUCUGUUCCGCGCCUUCUACUUCUCCGAGUGCCCACUACCCGAGACAUUCGAGUGCUUGAUCCAGCGGCCAUACAGCAGCACCUCCAUGGCUGGUACGCCAUACGGAAACGGAUACGCUGCUGUUAUCACGUCCCUGGGAGUUCGCUGCCAGGUCGUAAUACCUGAAGAGAUGUCAGACGCACCUGACCUGGACAUCCUCAGUAUCGUGGAUGCUAAGAUUACUGCCGUUGAUAUGGCACGCUCGCUUGUGGUCAUGGAAGCAACGCGGGUCGUUAAGCCGUUUGAACGGGUGGGGGAAUGGAAGUGA